UGUCCACAGGUCCCACCACCCUUUUCUGGGUCACCAUAAUCUUCCCUUCAACCCUUUCCAUAUGUCCCCUCCCCGGUCUCUGACCCACCUUUUUCCUCUCUGGUUUCGCCUCAUGUAUCUCUGAUCCUCCCAGUCCCUGCAUCCUUCAUUGCUUCCAGGUGUCCCCCACUCCUCUCAUGUCCCCAAUCCCUCCUGUGUCUCCCGCAGGGGUCCCGCUCUCGGGGGUGUCCCUGUCGGUGCAGCCCCCUGGGGGACAGGUGGCACUGGGGGACCGCCUGGUGCUGAACUGCAAGGUGGCCGUGGGGACAGGUCCCCUGUCCUUCUCCUGGCACCGGGGGGACAUGAACGCACCAAUGGGCACUGGCCCUCGCCUGGAGCUGCAGCAUGUUGGGUAUAAUGACAGCGGCCAGUACCAGUGCCGAGUCAGCGACGGGGACAAUGUGGUUGAGAGCCCCGCAGUGAACGUCACUGUCCUGGUGCCCGUGGCCAAUGCCACCAUCACCCCCGGUCCCCCGGCUCUCCAGGUGCACCCAGGUGACCCCGUGACCCUGCGCUGCUCGGUGCAGGUGGGCUCAGCCCCUGUCACCUUCACCUGGCUGCAUGAUGGGCAGGAGGUUGGCCAGGGUCCCCUCCUGGAGCUUGAGGCCGUCGAUGUGGGACAUUUGGGCACCUACCAGUGCGUGGCCAGCAACCAGCUG